UUUACAAGCUUAGCUGAAAAAGGAAGAGAGAGCAGAGGAGACAUUCAGGUAGUGUGUGGUCCGAUCCUGGUCUGAAAUGGAAACUGAAGCCAAGAUGAGUGAUAGCAUCAAGGAUGCUGGGACAGAUACAAAUAACCGCAAGGAAGAAUCCACAGCCGAUUCAAAAAGCACAAUGAAAGGAGCUAAGGAGCCAUCUAUAUUCUGUAUGAGCAAGCUGAAGGUCUUUCUGGUGUCGCUAUCUUUUGCUUAUCUCGCCAAGACCAUGUCUGGGGCUUACAUGAACAGCAUGCUCACACAGAUUGAACGGCGUUUCAACAUCCCUGCCUCGUUGGUUGGUGUGAUAAAUGGAAGCUUUGAAAUGGGCAACUUGCUGGUGAUACCCUUUGUGAGCUACUUGGGAUCAAAACUCCACAGACCACGCAUGAUUGCUAUUGGUUGCAUAGUUAUGGGUUUCGGAUGUUUUCUGAUAGCGCUACCUCAUUUCUUGAUGGGAAGGUACCGCUAUGAAAACUCUCUUUCUGUAUCUGAAAAUUCUUCAACCAUAGCUGUUUGCCUUGCAAAUCAUAGCCAGUUUUCCAUGGCGACAGAACAAUCCUCAGAAGAAUGUCGAAAACAGGCUGGAUCCUUGAUGUGGGUUUUUGUGCUGGUGGGAAACAUCAUCCGGGGAGUUGGUGAAACUCCCAUCGCUCCUUUGGGGAUUUCGUAUGUGGAGGAUUUCGCAAGGACAGAAAACUCUCCUUUCUACAUCGGCUGCCUGCAGAUAGCAACUGUCUUGGGCCCUCUGUUUGGUCUACUGAUAGGCUCCUAUUGUGCCAAGCUGUAUGUGGAUGUUGGCUUUGUAGACCCAGAGGAUGUGACUUUGAGCCUCCUUGAUGCUCGCUGGGUCGGGGCCUGGUGGCUGGGGGUCUUGAUCUGUGCUGCCGUGAGCUUCAUCGUCGCCAUCCCUUUCUGCUUCCUGCCCAAGUCUCUUCCGAAGGAAGGAGAGGAAAACAGUGCCGAGUUAAACACAAAGGGCAACAAAACUUUGCUACCAGCAGAAAAUGCAGCUCAUGUCAGCACAACAAUUCGAGAAAUUGCUAAAGAUUUCAUCCCCUACCUGAAAAGUCUGGCUUACAAUCCAGUUUACAUGCUUUUUCUUUUGAUCACUGUGAUCCAGUUCAGCGCUUGGAUUGGGAUGAUUACAUUUAUGCCAAAAUAUAUGGAACAGCAGUAUGGGAUAUCUGCAGCAGAUGCCAUCUUUUUCAUAGGUGUUUACAAUUUACCAAUUAUAUGUGCUGGUUAUUUCUUUGGUGGCCUCAUGAUGAAGAAAUUCAAGAUAAGCACCUAUAAAGCUGCCCACAUUGGUUUUUGGAGUUCUAUAGUGGAGUAUCUCAUCUACUUCUCUGCUUUUUUCAUGGUCUGCAAGAAUGCUAAGGUUGCUGGCUUAACCAUGUCCUACGAAGGGCUCGAACAAGUCUCCUACAUGGAAACAAACUUGUACGCGGACUGCAACCGCCAUUGUGACUGCUCCACUAAGGUGUGGGACCCUGUUUGCGGAGAAAAUGGCAUAGCGUACAUUUCAGCAUGUCUUGCAGGAUGCGACAUCUCAAACGGAACUGGGAAAAAUACGGUAUUUAGAAACUGCUCCUGCAUUUCAGCCUUCGGAAAUGACACGGCGGUCCUGGGCCAGUGCAACAGAGAGAACUGUGGGACAAUGCUGCAGUAUUUCUUGAUUUUAUCCUUAGUCUGUUGUUUAAUUUAUUCCUUCGGAGCCAUGCCGGGUUACAUGGUCCUCAUAAGGUCCCUAAAACCCGAGGAGAAGUCAUUUGGUGUGGGUCUCCACUCCCUGGCAGAAAGAGUUUUUGCUGGAAUCCCAUCUCCUAUUUAUUUUGGAGCAAUGAUUGACACUACCUGUUUGAAAUGGGGAACCAAGAGCUGCGGUGGUGAAGGAGCCUGCCGGAUGUACGAUUCUGACACAUACAGGCAGCUGUACCUGGGUGUGCCCUCUGCCCUCCGCGCCGUGUCCUACAUCCCGUGUGUGCUUGUUCUCCUCAUUUUAAGGAAACAGAACAAGACCUUGGUGCAGGAGGACAAAGAAUUGGAAGCCAGAGAAGAGGAAAAUGGGUCAGUAGAACAGAAGGAUGUACCUGCAGCCCAGAACAGCACACAUUUACACCAAGAGACAAUGGACUUGUAAAAAGCAGACUUUAAAGAGGACUGGUGGCUUUAAGGUUGUACGUCAAAUGUAGGUCAUUAUCACUUUUCCAAGUCACCUCUAGAGAUCUUUCCAGAAUACAUAUAUUACAUACAGCAAAGUAUGGGGUGACUAGUGCGGCUCGUUCUUCAUGACUAAAGUUGUAAGUACUGUGUGUUCUAUACUAUCAUAGCUGAG